AUGUCUCGCCCUCGCCCUCGGGUUAUCAACUUCAAUCCGGAUGCACCUAUAGAAUGUCAAAAGGCCACACUUCCUACACCCGCGCCUCCUCGUGUCAACGCGAAAGUGCCCGCCGUGCGUGAGGCAGAUGCUACGAAAUUGGUACCGUCCCAAGAUUGGUCACACAAACCUUGGAAAAAUAUCGCCAUAACCGAAUACGAUGAUGCAGAGUUCGAGGAGCUGCAAUCACGGUUGGUGUUCACCUGGCCGCCUGACUUAGCAGCCUACCGAAGAGAGGUCGAGGAGGAGAGGGGCUCGUGUGAGGCGACAGAGUAUAUUGACCCUGCGUUCUUCUCUGGCGCGUCGUCGAUAGGGUCCGCAAGCACAGAAGACAGUUCUAUGAUCUUGACGCCGACUCAACGAGACUACGAUGCCAAUACAGCCUGUGUACCGCUGGCUAUUCUCCGCGAGGCGCUCGUAGAUCCUGAGGCUAGGACCGACGCUCUUGAGAAGGUAGUGGGGCUUCAGAGAUUGAGACGCAAAGCACCACCUCCACUCAGUCUCAAUAGCAAGAAAAAACAGGAUCUCAUCAACGAGAUUGGAUGCACCCUGCUGAUCGGCGAUGGUGAGCGCACUGCACGGGAGAUACGGAUGCUAAGUCCGCUGACGGCAGCGAUGAAUAUCACUAGCAAGUUAUCCGCGGGGGUCCUCCGCAAUAUUCAUACCUUUACUGAUGAACUAUUAUUCUGA